UUGCUUCUGUUUGUUAGAACGUGUUCACAAUAUCUCAUUCAAAAUGCUUGCAAAACUACCUAUUGAAAUAUUGGAUAAAAUAUUCAAUUACCUGGAACGGAAAGACCAAUUGAAAAUGGCUCAAGUUAGCAAACAAUUUGAGUCUGUGUUUGUAUACAAUUCGCGCGACAAAUACAAGGAGAUUGUUUGCUGCAGAUAUUCAGACGACGAGCUCCAAUUAAUACUGCGCCUUUGCGGACACACAGUUACUCAUGUUUCUGUGCUUCUUAAUGUAAAUGAGGCGAUUUGUGAACUAAUAUCGCAGUACUGCAUUAAGCUAGAAUCUACCAUUUUGAAUCUUGAACAUUUCGAUGCAUGCAAAUCAAUUUUAAGAAUGAGUAACCUGAAAAAAAUUGUGUUGCAAAAUAUGGACAUGUGUGAUUUGGAUAUACUCAAUUACAUAAAUCCAGAAUGUAAAGGAUUAUCUUUAGGAUCUUUUCCGAAUGCUCAGGCUGAAAAUAUUGGGAAACUGAUUAACUUGGAAACAUUGGAACUUACUGGGUUACAGAGUUAUAAAACCGAUAGUCUGUUUGAAAUAUGUUCGUCUUUCAAGAAGUUGCGUGUCCUGAAAAUUCGAGACAUUUACUUUACAACUCCCGAGUUAGGUAUAAGGAGCAAUGAUAUUAUAAUCUCAGGAUUGGAAGAACUUCAUAUCACUUGUUGUGAAUUAAAUUCGAAUUGGCUGCCCAAAUGUCCGAAGCUAAAAACUUUGAAAUUUGCUCCGAAUGAAUAUAUGAGCAACCUUCUUGAAGUCAGCAAUAUUAUCAAAAUUUACGCUGGAACAUUGGAACAUUUUCAAUUUAAAAUUAAUCGCAGUAGACUCGAACGCUUUAGUGUAAAUGAUUUUAUAAAUGUUCUCGGAGAAUGUAAGAACAUCAAGUGUCUACAUGCGGAUGCGUUCUUGGUAUGGCGCCUAUUGCAUCAUCAUCUCGACUCUUUUUAAAAUGUCUAAAGGAUAAAGGCUUCAAUCUACAGAGAUAUUUUGAAUUGAAAUGCGAUAUGUUGAUCGACAGUGAUCGGCUCCUUUUGGAGAAAGUAAUUGCAGAACCGAAAGUGUGCACUUUAAUUAAAUAUUCCACAUUUGGGCCAACUAUGAGCUUCAUUUUGCAAGUUAGUUAAUUACCUAACCCAAACCAAGACAGCCAAGCACUUGAAUCUCGAAGUAAAUGAAUAUUUUCAUACA